AUGCCACCAAUUCGCCUCCAAACCUCGAGAAACUCAAUCGAGCAAGAGGGUAGGAUCUUAUUAGCUAUUCAGGCUAUAAAGAACCAAGAAAUCAACGCUGUUCGUGAAGCAGCACGUCGUUUUAAUAUAUCGGAGCCGACACUUCGCCGCCGCCUCCGCGGUAUUCAAAACCGCGCGAAUUCACGCGCCAACUCACAUAAAUUAACAAAAAUCGAAGAGGAAACGCUUCGAAAAUAG